ACGACCUGGAGCGAAGGUCUCGCGAGGCUUGGGCGCUGCGGCGGUAGGAGGUGGACGGGGAAGGACGGAGCCGAGCCGCUUCUGCCUCCCUCGCUGACUCCCUCGCGCGCACGCCCGCCCCCUCCCUCCCUCCCCUCCCUUCCCCCGCCCCGGCUCCGGCCCAUUCGCAGUUCCGUCUUGUGCUAGGGAGGAUGUCGGGCUCGUCGCUCCCCAGUGCCCUGGCCCUCUCGCUUCUGCUGGUCUCUGGCUCCCUUCUCCCAGGGCCGGGUGCCGCUCAGAACGAACCAAGGAUUGUCACCAGUGAAGAGGUCAUUAUAAGAGAAAGCCCUGGCCCUGUCACCCUGCAGUGUAACCUCACCUCCAGCUCUCACACCCUUACAUUCAGCUACUGGACAAAGAAUGGGGUAGAACUGACUGCCACUCGUAAGAAUGCCAGCAACAUGGAAUACAGGAUCAGUAAGCCGCGAGCUGAGGAUUCAGGCGAAUACCACUGUGUAUUUCAUUUUUUCAGCGCUCCUAAAGCAAAUGCCACCAUCGAAGUGAAAGCUGCUCCUGAUAUCACUGGCCAUAAACGGAGUGAGAACAAGAAUGAAGGGCAGGAUGCGAUGAUGUACUGCAAGUCAGUGGGCUACCCUCACCCAGAAUGGAUAUGGCGCAAGAAGGAGAAUGGUAUGCUCGUGGACAUUGUCAAUUCCUCUGGCCGCUUCUUCAUUAUCAACAAGGAGAACUACACUGAGCUGAGUAUUACAAAUCUCCAGAUCACAGAGGACCCCGGCGAGUAUGACUGUAAUGCGACGAACCCUAUUGGCACGGCCUCCGUUGUCACAGUCCUCAGGGUACGGAGCCACCUGGCCCCGCUCUGGCCUUUCUUGGGAAUUUUGGCUGAAAUCAUCAUCCUUGUGGUGAUCAUUGUUGUGUAUGAGAAGAGGAAGAGGCCAGAUGAAGUUCCUGACGAUGAUGAACCAGCUGGGCCAAUGAAAACCAACUCUACCAACAAUCACAAAGAUAAAAACUUGCGCCAGAGAAAUACAAAUUAAGUACAGCUUACAAUAUCUUUAGGUUCCUGAAACUGGUGGCAUCAUGACCUGCUCAGUUUUCUGCUUGGACCUCUUUGGUCUCUCCCCUUCAAGUGAGCAACACCACAAUGACCGUCUAAAGCAUGCCUUAUUUAGCCUCUCCUGUAAGGGUGACCUAGCCAGGUAUAUUCUAAACAAUGCUUCAGUGUAGAAGGUGUAAACUAUUUUGGGCUUGAUGUGCUGUGAAUGUUGCUUUUUUUCCUUUGUUAAAAUAUUUAAAUAGAAGUGAAAAGGUCCUCGGAGGAUCAGAUCAUGCAUGCGCCAUUUUUUACUUAAUGCAGCUGUUAAAUUGGCAAAGCUCUAAAGUGCACUGCUGCCACCCAGUGGUACAUUUUUGUAAAGUACAGCAAACCUACAGAUAUAUACAGUAUAUAAAUAUAUAUAUCUAUAUUUAUAUUUUUGGGGGUGGGAGAAAUCCAAAAUAAAUGCUUGUUUCAUUUUUAAGCUGCUGAUAUUCAUUCCUUACUGUAUGUUGUUGGAUGAGGAAACUGUAGCUCUGGUUCAUAAAGAUAACACAAGGUAGAUCUGUAAAUUAAGGGCUUAACCUAUGACUUUAAGCUGAACAGUCCAGUGAAUGGAUAUAAUGAAUUGCAGUAUAUAUAUGUAUGAUUGCUUUUUAAGUAACUAUUUUUUCUGUUUAAUCUGUAAAUUCUUAAAAUCCUUUUGCACUGAUGUGUUGAACCUUACUCUUGUACAUUCAACAAGGCAAACUUUUAUAAUUUACCUUUUCUUUUCAAUGACCUUGACAUGUCCUAGCAUGGUGAGAUUCUAUGCAAGUAGUUAGUUAUACUUUCAGUUUGGCAUUGUACUUUUUCACACUGAUUUACUGGUUGGUGGUAGAUUUUAUAACCUGAUCAGGUUCUCAUACAGUAUGUACCCGUAGAUGCAUGUCCUUGUGUUCUGUGUAACUGUUGAAGUGCAAUGAUGUAUAAAAAGUGGAUUCACCUGUUUUUAACAAUAAAACAUUGAUAAAAGGUGUUUGGAAUAAUA